AUGGAUCAGAAUAACAGUAUAUCGACUUUCCAGGGUCUGGCCUCCCCACAGGGCGCAAUGACUCCAGGAAUUCCCAUCUUUAGCCCUAUGAUGCCCUAUGGCACUGGCUUGACACCACAACCUGUACAAACUGCAAAUAGUUUAUCGAUUCUGGAGGAACAACAAAGACAACAGCAACAACAGGCCCAGCAGUCCACAUCCCAGCAGGUUGCUCAGGGGACCGGACAGACCCCACAGCUUUUUCACUCACAGACUCUAACAACAGCACCACUUCCAGGCAAUACACCGCUUUAUACAUCACCCAUGACUCCGAUGACUCCUAUUACCCCAGCCACUCCUGCUUCAGAAAGUUCUGGGAUCGUACCUCAGUUGCAAAAUAUAGUGUCUACCGUCAAUCUUGGCUGCAAAUUAGAUCUGAAAACAAUUGCACUUAGAGCGCGAAAUGCUGAGUAUAAUCCGAAGCGUUUUGCUGCUGUUAUCAUGAGAAUAAGAGAGCCACGUACAACAGCACUUAUAUUCAGUUCUGGAAAAAUGGUCUGCACAGGAGCUAAAAGUGAGGAGCAGUCGCGUUUGGCAGCCAGAAAGUAUGCUCGAGUUGUGCAGAAGUUGGGAUUUCCAGCAAAGUUUCUAGAUUUUAAAAUUCAAAAUAUGGUAGGGAGCUGUGAUGUGAAGUUCCCAAUCAGAUUAGAAGGCUUGGUCCUUACACAUCAACAGUUUAGCAGUUACGAGCCAGAGUUAUUUCCUGGCCUUAUUUACAGAAUGAUCAAGCCAAGAAUCGUUCUCCUGAUAUUUGUUUCUGGAAAAGUUGUAUUGACGGGCGCUAAAGUUAGAGCAGAGAUCUAUGAAGCAUUUGAGAAAACAUAUACCCAAUUCUGAAAGGCUUUCGGAAAACUUCAUAA